GUCAUGGAUCCUUGGUUCGAGCGUUUGACGUUGACGAUGGUCCUUCUGAACGCGGUUGAGAUGGCAUUGGAUGUCGAGUUAAACCGCAACCAGUUCUACCAAACCGGCGUUUCUCCAGUCUUUGUGGUCUCGCAGAACUUGUUUUGUGUUUUUUUCUUGGCCGAGCUGCUCAUUC